UCAGCACUCGCAGGCGCAGCUUCCUACGGAAACAUGGCGACAGUGCAAUACUUGGUGGCGAACGGAGCAGAAAUCAAUCCUUGCAGUCAACGUUGCGCAAGCAGUCCUUUACAUCAGGCCAUCCGCAGCAACAAUAUCGCCAUCGUUCGCUUCCUACUCGAGCGCGGUGCCGAUAUCAAUCUCGAAAAUGCCUACCGAGCCACUCCCGUCAUGUACGCUUGCAAGUACUCUGGACCAGAGCUCUUGACACUGCUACUGCAAUACAAGCCGGACCUAACGAAACGAUCGUUCAUCGGUGGUUCAGCUAUUCACUGGAGCAUCUGGCCCGGGAAAGUGGAGAUGACUGAGCUUCUGUUGAAAGCCGGAGCUGAUCCUUGCGAGCCCAUGCCAGACGGAAACGGUCCUCUUCACUGCGCCAUUGUCGCAGGCUCCGCGAGAAUGGUGAAGACGCUGCUGAAGUACGGAGCAAAUCCGUAUAGCAGAAACGAGGCAUACGAAACACCUCUGCAGCUUGCC